AUGUUUUCUCCAGCAGAUCAACAAGUUGAAAUAUGUCUUCUUAAAUCUAACUUAGAAGAAAUAGAAAACGAUUUAGUGGCACAGCGUUCUGCGAUGCCUGCACUAGACGCUGAAAAUGAAAAAAAGUAUCGCGAAACUAUGACAGCGUUGCGCGUAGCCCGCUCUCUCAAUACUGAAAUAGAACGUCUUAAGCAAGAGAGUGUAAGACUAACUGCUAAGCGCAUGCAACUGAAGCGACAAAGUGAGGAAGUGAGCGAAGCACUCGAGAGAGCUCGCUUGAAUCGCAGCGAACUCGAAGAUUUAUUGAAACAGGAAGAACGCGAUACUGAACUCGGAAUAAGAAGAUAUGAAGACACAUUACGUGAACUGGCUGAUCGAUUUCGAAAGUCUCGAUCACUUUAUAACGAAGAGGAAAUGAAUACCAAACAAGAAGUGGCAAAGGAAACUAAUUCAAAGCUUUUAAACGAAGAAACAGCGCUGCGACGUGAAGUUUCCGAGUUGAAGAAAGAACUAAGUGACGUACAGGCGGAUGUUCCUGAAGACAUUCUUUCGAUAAUGUAA